CGCUAUAGUCCGCCACAAGAAAGAGGCUCUUAGGCUAAUCGAUUCAUCAUCUUCCCCUUCCUCUUUCUCUCUCUACGCUGGAGGUCGAGGAGCUCUGUCGCUCUCCUCUGAGUUCUCUCUCCCCCUCCCCACCGCCAAAGAAACAUCUUCUCAGCUUUGAUUUGAAAUUAGGUUCUUGCUUUCUUAUUAUUGAAGAAACUACUAGUUAAGUUAUAUUCGAGUGCUGAACAAGGACAGGAUGCUAAUAAAUAUGUGUUCUCAGUCAUGUAUUCGGUCAAUCUGAUAUCAAUUGGAACAGUUUGGUAUUUCUGAUGGACUCAAAAACUAGUGCUGGAGCUGCCUCCAAACAGCAUCAUAAGAUAGCUGCUGAACAAACAGUAGAGGCAAAAGACAUCCAGCCUUCUCCAUCUCUGGUUUCAAAAUUAGGUAAACUUGAACUGGGUACUCUUGAAAGUUCAUCAAAAUCCGUGCAGAGCACAUCGAAGCAGAACAUUGGAGAAACUUCUGAAAGCAAGAAGGCUGGAAUUUUAAACCAAAAGGGGCUUGCCGAGUCCUUAAGUAAUAAAUGUGGUUCUGUUGCUUUCUCAUCUGUCCUUAGGCAGGCAUGUGGAGGAGUUGACCAUGCUAUUAAUGAAAAUAGGGGGUCGCAGGAUAGUUCUAUUGAUCAAGAAAAGAAAACAUCAGAGUAUGGAAGUGUGAAGAACAGCUCUGUUUCAGCUAAAGUUAGUGAUGGGGCAAGCAGUUUUGGAAAGACCAGUGUAAGUGCCAAAGUCAGUGAUCGAGCUGAUUAUGUUGAGAGUGGGAAGAGCAGUAUCUGCAGAGGAAGCACAAGCAGUGAUGUCAGUGAUGAGAGUACUUGUAGCAGCUUUAGUAGUAGCAUAAACAAACCUCACAAGGCAAAUGACUUGAGAUGGGAAGCCAUCCAAGCUGUUCGAGCUAGAGACGGGAUGCUGGGUUUAGGUCACUUUAGACUACUGAAGAAGUUGGGCUGUGGGGAUAUUGGGAGUGUGUACCUCUCAGAGUUGACUGGAACUAAAUGCUAUUUUGCAAUGAAGGUAAUGGACAAAGCAUCACUAGCAAGUCGUAAGAAGUUGCUUCGUGCUCAGACUGAAAGGGAAAUACUGCAGUCACUGGACCAUCCUUUUCUUCCAACAUUGUAUACUCAUUUCGAGACAGACAAGUUCUCAUGCUUGGUGAUGGAAUUCUGCCCUGGUGGAGACUUGCAUACACUUAGGCAGAAACAACCAGGAAAGCAUUUUACUGAGCAAGCAGUAAAGUUUUAUGUAGCUGAAGUCUUGCUUGCUUUGGAAUACCUCCACAUGCUUGGAAUUGUCUAUCGUGACCUCAAGCCAGAAAAUGUCCUUGUGAGGGAUGAUGGACAUAUUAUGCUCUCGGACUUUGAUCUUUCCCUCCGUUGUGCUGUUAGUCCAACUCUCGUUAAAACCAAUUCAGCAGAAUCAGAGCCUUUAAGAAAGAAUCCUAAUUAUUGUGUCCAGCCAACUUGUAUUGAGCCUCCUUCCUGCAUCCAGCCAUCUUGUGUUGCUCCCACGACAUGCUUUUCACCCCGGCUCUUUUCUAGCAAAUCAAAGAAGGAUAGGAAACCUAAGACUGAAAUUGGAAACCAAGUGACUCCAUUACCUGAGCUCAUUGCGGAGCCUACAGAUGCUCGUUCUAUGUCCUUUGUUGGAACCCAUGAGUAUUUGGCACCUGAGAUUAUAAAGGGUGAAGGUCAUGGGAGCGCAGUUGAUUGGUGGACUUUCGGAAUCUUUCUAUAUGAACUGUUGUUUGGUAAAACCCCUUUUAAGGGAUCUGGGAACCGAGCUACGUUGUUUAAUGUUGUAGGCCAGCCUCUCCGAUUUCCAGACUCACCUGUCGUGAGUUUCGCUGCUAGGGAUCUUAUGAGGGGUUUGCUCGUAAAAGAACCACAACACAGGUUGGCAUAUAAACGUGGGGCUACUGAGAUAAAGCAACAUCCCUUUUUUGAGGGUGUUAACUGGGCAUUGAUCCGUUGUGCUACGCCGCCAGAGAUACCCAAGCCUGUAGAGUAUGAGAAGAUACCUUCCCCGGCAUCUUCAGGCAGUGAAAAAGUGGUCCGUCACAUGUCAAUUCCUGAUAAAGGUUCUGAUAAAUAUCUUGAAUUUGAUUUCUUUUAGUAAUAGACAGUAUUUUUCACCCGUUGAUACCCUGAAAAGUAGACAGUAUUGAUUGCAAAAUGGGUUCUGUUGAAUGGGAUGAACUGCUUUUCCAGUGUUUUAGGGACAGGUGAUCAGAAAUUGUAUGUCUGUUUUCUUUUGGCUUUUGCAGUUCAGAUUUGCAUGGAACAAUUAA